AUGUCCACCGCACAUCAACCCCCUCCCAAAAAACCAACCCCAACCCCCCAAAACCACCUCACCUUCGACCCCUGGAAUAGCAGCGCCACGGGCCACCAACGGGCCGAUUCAUCGACAGGCACCGCAUGGCGUCGAGCAAGAGAAGAGAAACUGGCUCGACAGUUCGGCUCCGCGUCGGGCGACUGUACAGAUUCACCGGGGGAUGGCACCCCGCACCACAAAGCAGACAAAGGGGAGUGGGUGUGGUCUCAUACGACCCGGGGAGAAGAAUCAAGGGAUGCAGCAGCAGCAGCAGUAGCAGCAGCAGGACAGCGAGAUAUCCGGUCCAUGAUGCGCGUGGGGAAGCGGUCGAGGGAUGUGUCUGACUCGGGGAUGGAUCGGGAGUCGAAGUUAAAGGUUUCGAAAGUUGUGAAUGCGUCACCGGAUGAGUUGUUGUUGUCGUCGUCGUCGUCGUCAUUGUCGACCGAGGUCAAGGAUGUACCGCUGGUUUUUAAGGGCCUUACGGUUUAUAUUAACAGCACUUGUCAUCCGGCUGUCUCAGAUCACUAUUUGAAACGGCUCCUGACCAUGCAUGGUGCUGCCGUUUCGCUGUCGCUUUCGAGGAAGGUCUCCCAUGUUAUUGUUGCGAAGCCUAAUACCGGGCCUGGCAUGGGUGCCGGUGGGGGACUUGCGGCUUCGAAGUUACAGAAGGAGAUCUCCCGGGGUGGGUGGAAAGGGAUCAGGGUCGUGUUCGUUGAAUGGGCCCUGGAGAGUAUCGAAGCUGGGAAGCGGUUGUCUGAGGCUAGAUUUGCAAUGGAUAUUAUGCCAAAGGGGCAAAGGAGUGUUCUGUCUUUUACUGGGAUCUGA